CGGGAAAUCCUCAUAGUUUGAAUCCGUGUGUUGAACUCUCUCCAGCUGGAUUACUUACCUUUUUUCCUCGUCUCGCCAUGGCGUACAUUUUCACUUCUAUAAUACAAUGGCUCAGUGGCCUAUUCUUCUCGAAAACCGCGGAAAUCACGAUCGUUGGCUUGCAAGCUUCAGGGAAGACUUCACUCGUGAAUGUGAUUGGCACAGGUCAAUGGAGUGAGGAUGUCGUACCGACUGUAGCCUUUCAUUUUCGGAAAGUACGCAAGGGUAAUGUCACCAUGAAAAUAUGGGAUCUGGCGGGCCAGCCCAGGUAUAGGUCAAUAUGGGAACGGUACUGCAAUGGUGUUGACGCAGUCGUAUUCGUGGUUGACUCCGCCGAUAAAGAGAGAUUCGAAACCGUCCGCUUCGAAGUACAUCAACUAUUGGCGCAACCCAAUCUGAAAGGUGUUCCAUUACUGGUGCUUGGUAACAAAAAUGACAUUGAGGGACAUGCUACGGUCAAUGAGUUGAUCAAAGCACUGCAAUUGGACAAGAUCACGAAUAGGCCGGUAUCGGUGCGUCCAAUGGAGCACGGUGUUGUGAACGAGAUACUGACUACUAACUUCCCCCCAGUGUUACUCGUGUUCCAUGAAGAGUCAACACAACCUGUGAGUUCAGCCGUCCAUUCAGUGACGUCCACCUCAUAUCCGUCAUAUUUCCAGGGACAUUGUUCUCCAGUGGCUCGCUGGUCGAAGUCAUUGAAGCUUUAUCACUUCCUGAUCCUUAUUGUAUCUUGCAUUUUGUAUCAUAUACCUUGCACUUCUUUUUUGUUCACGGCUCUCGGGAUUGGAUUCCUAGGAUAUAGGGAACACACACGGAAUAAAUGUAAUACCCUCAAUCGGUGUCCAUGCUGUCCCCGCCUCCGCCCUCUCUCGCUUGAUCUUGAAUAGCCCUCAAGAAAGCUUCCACGCCUGUCCCAGCUUCCUCGGGCAGACCCAAUCCUCGUACUAGGCCACCUAAGAGUCCAGUCCUCAAUGCUUGGUCGAAGUUACGAACGGCAGCUCGGAAUUGUGGUGAACUGAUUACUUGUUGGAUAGUUUGUGGGGUAGGCGGUGAAGGUAGGUCAGGAGGAAGGUGAGGGAAAAGUGUUUGUAUAAGCUCGGGGUGAGAGGUGAACAGUGGUGUGAGAUUCGCGGGGGUGAGGACGUCUGUGAGGGAGAGUUCUACAACUGCAACAUCAUUAAUAUUGUGGAAGGAUUGAUGUGCGAAGGGCGAAUUCUAACCUGGGGGUACAUUAGCUCCCGCUCCGCUUGAUUCAAUCAUAGAUUGGAACUGGUUCAGUUGUUCUUGAGUGAAUUGGAAGCCUGGUUGGCCUGGCUGAGCUGGUUGACUGGGUUGUGCAGGCUGCGC